UAGCGCGCACCCCGCGGGGACGCAUGGCACGUCGCGGCUGGCCCGCUGCGUCAGCGCGCUCACCCGGAAGCGGCGAGUGGUCGACAUGGCGGCCUCUUCGUCAGGCUUGGGCCUCGGCCUCGGCCUGGGCCUAGGCGGCGGCGGCGGCGGCGGCGGCGGCGGCGUAAGCCCAGGGUCCGAGGCCGGGGACUUCCUGGCUCGGUACCGGCUGGUGUCGAACAAGCUGAAAAAGCGUUUCCUGCGGAAGCCGAACGUGGCCGAGGCCGGCGAGCAGUUCGGACAGCUGGGCCGGGAGCUGCGCGCCCAGGAGUGCCUGCCCUACGCGGCCUGGUGCCAGCUGGCCGUGGCGCGCUGCCAGCAGGCGCUGUUCCACGGGCCCGGGGAGGCGCUGGCCCUGACCGAGGCCGCGCGCCUCUUCCUGCGCCAGGAGCCGGGACCCGGUGCGGCCCCUGCGCCGCUCCCCGCGAACUCGGGCUCGGCCGCGCCCUCCCCCGCCACGCUGGGCGCCUUCUCGGACGUGCUGGCCCGGUGCGAGGUGUCCCGCGUACUGCUGCUGCUGCUCCUGCAGCCGCCACCCGCCAAGCUGCUGCCCGAACACGCCCAGACCCUGGAGAGGUACUCCUGGGAGGCCUUCGACAGCCACUGUCAGGACGGCAGCAGCGGCCAGCUUCCCGAGGAGCUGUUCUUGCUGCUGCAGUCCUUGGUCAUGGCCACCCAUGAGAAGGACACGGAAGCAGUCAAGUCGCUUCAGGUGGAGAUGUGGCCACUGCUGAGUGCCGAGCAGAACCACCUCCUUCACCUAGUUUUGCAAGAAACCAUCUCCCCCUCGGGACAGGGCGUCUGAUGAAUCCCAUCAACCGAGACGCCCUUUUGCCAGAGACCCAACCACCCCACAGCACGCCCAGUACCUUUCCCCUCCCCUCCCCACUUUGCCACUGAGGAGAAAUAAAAGAUGGUCUUC